UUGUAUGUAGACAACUUCAGAUUGAUGAUAAUAUGAUGUCUAUGCCAUUUUUAUAAUUUCAUGGUGUGUUUUAAUAAGAGUUUUGAGCGUUUAAGUGAGGAGCUAGCAGUUUUGGAUUUUUAAGUUGUGUUAUGUUGCUCUGUUUUAAUUUUUGGUGGUGUAUGUUAAGAGAAAACUUGUAUAUCUUAGCUCACCUCCACAGAGAAGCCGAAAGCCGGGGGCCCCUUCAACACCCUUGUCUAGUGUAUUGAAAUUCCUAAUCUUGUCGUUGGAAAUGGUAGCUGGCUGGAGAGACACCAUAAACGAAAAUUCGUGGGUGACAUCUAAGAGCUUUGUAUAGAAUUCCAUAGUAAACCAUUAAUGGUUUAUUUUCCCAUGUGUUGGAAUAGGUACCCAUAAAAUUGGAAUGCUUAUGGUUGCAGUCAUGGAUAAGGACAAUGCGCUUGUUAAAACCGAACCAAAACAAGAAGAAGAAAUAAAUUUUGCUCUUGAAGAAAAAUUUGUUGUAACAAACGAUGUUUUGACAAUUGUUAAAAAAGAAGACAGUGAGAUUGUGACUUGUGCAGAAAAUCGUGGCUAUGUGUACAACGAUCAUUCGUUAAAUCACAAAGAUUUUAAAGGUGAAAAGUGUGAUUAUGCUUCAAAUAUUAAAGAGCCACACAAUACUUCGAAAGAUUUUAAAUUUGAAAUUUGUGAUUACGCAACACAUGUCUUAGAAGAUUUCAAAUGUUCUAAGUGCGAUUUUGUUACAAAAUUUAGAGAUGCUUUGAGAAAUCAUGUUUUAUCACACAAUGAAACUAAAGAUUUUAAAUGUGACAAUUGCGAUUAUGCAACACACACUAAAAAAUAUCUUAACCGUCAUCUUUUGUCACAUGUUAUAGAGGAUUUCAAAUGUUUUAAGUGCGAUUUUGUUACAAAGUUUAGAGGUGUGUUGAGAAAUCACGUUUUGUUACACAAUGAAACUAAAAAUUUUAAAUGUGACAAUUGUGAUUAUGCAACAAACAUUAAGUGUAAUUUUAAUCGACAUCUCUUGGUACACAAGGCUUCCAUAGAUUUUAAAUGCAACAAUUGUAAUUAUAGCACAAACUAUAAGCGCUAUUUGAUUCGACAUCUCUUGAAACACAACAUCCCUAAACAAUUUAUAUGUGACGUUUGUGAUUAUGCCACAAGUCGUAAGGACUAUUUGCAACAACAUGUCUUAAUACACAAUGGUUCGAAAGAUUUUAAAUGUGACAUUUGUGAUUAUGCGACACAUACUAAAAAGUAUCUUAAACGUCAUCUCUUAUCACAUGUCAGAGAAGAUUUCAAAUGUUCUAAGUGUGAUUAUGUUACAAAGUUUAAAGGCGACCUGAAAAAUCAUGUUUUAUCGCACGAUGAAACCAAAGGUUUUAAAUGUGACUAUUGUAAUUAUUCCGCAAGUCGUAAGCGCUAUUUGCAACAACAUGCCUUAAUACAUAAUGAUGCGAAACAUUUUAAAUGUGACAAUUGUGAUUAUGCAACAAAUUUUAAGUGUAAUUUUAAUCGACAUGUGUUGGUACACAAAGCUUCCAAAGACUUCAAAUGUGAAAUUUGUGGUUAUUUGGCAAAAACUAAGGCCGCUUUACAACGCCAUUCAUUAUUAUCCACAAAUCAUAGAGACAGUGUGAAAUGACGUCUUUUAAGGCAUAGUGUAUCAAGAAAGUACCUUAUUUUUGUCUUUUAGUUAAAAAAUUGUAUAUCUUCUAAUUUUGUUUUGUUUCAUUUGUUUUGUAUUCUAUAUGUAAUUUUAGAAAAAUAAGAUGUUAGCUGGAA